AUGUCUUCAGACUCCAAAUUAAUAUAUCAACAUUAUGGAUACAAAAUCCAAGAGUUGAUACGUUCUCAUGAAUCAGUGGAGCAUCAAAUUUCCUUGAAGAAUGGUAGAUUAGUUAUAGAUAAUUCAUCAGAUGAAGAAGAUUAUAAAACUCAUUAUGAAAAUGGAGGACCUAUCGAAAUAGUAGACAUCUUACAUGAUCAAUUGGGUCCACCUUCACGAGUUUCCAAUCAAAACAAUGUGCAUAAUCACGGUUUCAAUAAUUUUGAAAAAGUUCCUCCAAGUUUCUGGUCAAGAGAAGAAAAUGUACGUAAAGUAGAUUCAGCUUGGCUUUUAAAAAAUGUACUUUUAGCAAUGAAAUACCGAUUAUCUAAAAUGGAACCAAUGGUGAAGAAAAAGUUUAAUAAUUCAAAGAAUGAACAACUUUUAAGAUUUAUUGAAUUUGGUAAGAAAACAUCAAAAAAGGAGAUUACAGCAUUAAUGUCUGAUCCAAGGCAUCAAAUAUGUUGUAUUUUUCCUAGAAAACAUUAUUUAAAAUUUAUAGCAAAGGGAAAUUUAGAUAUUGAUAAUCCUUAUACAAUUUUUAAUUUUAUGUUUGUUAAACAAUCACAUUUAAAAUUUGUUGAUCAUAAAUUUAUGAAAAAUCAUUUCAAUUUUAAAGUUGAUCCUCAUUUAAGAUAUUGUAUAUUAGAAUUAAUUGAUUAUGAAUAUGUACGAAGUGUGAAAUCAGCUACUUUAAAAGAAAUUAAAGGAGUUGAACCAAUCACAACUAGAAUUGAUGAAGAUGGUAACGAGGUUGAAAUUGAAUCAGAAGAAGAAUUUGAUCGUAAUGUAGGAUUUGGAAGUGAUUCUGAAGUUAAUUUCGAUGAACAAAGGUUAAGAUUGAUUUAUAAUAAUGAAUUAUAUAGAAGACUUUGUUUGUCUAAUUAA